GUUUCUACCCAUUAAUUAAAUUCAGUCAUAUAGCGAAACUGUUCCUGCACUCCGUAGGCUGAAGAAGGCAGCGCCCAGCCAUUUGAUCAUUCAGACGUUGGAUUGGCCAGGCAUACCCGCUGCUGUCUGGAGCGUCAAAUUGUUCUCCACUGUCAAAUAUCGAUCAUGGAAUUGCACUAAAGUACGGUGUAAGAUUUUUUUUUAAGUUAGAGUAACCGCACACUACUACCAGAAUAAGAAAUAAAAAAAAAACAAAAACAAAAACAAAAAAAACUGUGCGUGCUGAGAUGAGUUGCAACAACAGUUCAGAAUAUGGGCGAUUCGAAAAUCCAAGAUGCGAGAACAGAGAGGGGGAGAAACGCUUUGCAUUUAUCAAAGUUGGCGUUUUGGGGUUUGUCUUUGUGUUGGCCGCCUGCGGAAAUGCGUUUUUGUUAUACGCACUGUGGAGGAAACGCAAAAGAAACACGAGGACGCAACUGUUCCUUCUGCAUCUCUGCUUGGCUGAUCUUGUGGUCGCGUUCUUUCAAGUCCUGCCGCAGCUGUCGAUGGAAAUUACGCACCGUUUUAAAGCCUCUGACUUCGUGUGCAGAGCGGUGAAAUACCUUCAAGUCGUCGGAAUGUUUGCUUCAACUUACAUGAUAGUUGCCAUGACCGUAGACCGCUACAACGCCGUCUGCAGACCCAUGGUGUCUUUCUUAACAGGUUCUUUUCGCAGAUAUGUCGCGAUCGGGGCAUCCUGGCUGGUGUCUCUUCUGUUCAGCACCCCGCAGCUGUUCAUUUUUUCUUUGCAAGAAGUUGAGAGACACGUGUACGACUGCUGGGCGACUUUCAUAGAACCCUGGGGGAGCAAAGCAUAUAUUACCUGGAUUACUUUAUCGGUCUUCGUUUUUCCAGCCGUGAUUCUUCUUUACUGCCAAAUAAAGAUUUGUUUGGAGAUUUAUUUGAAUAUGAAAAGAAAGACAUUGCAGUCUGACAAAACAGAAGGGCGGGCGAAGGGUAUAUCAAGUACCAUGAUGAAAACGGUUAAAAUGACGUUUGUCAUCAUUCUUCUGUACACCAUAUGCUGGAGUCCAUUUUUUGUCGUCCAACUGUGGUCCGUGUGGAGCCCCAGUACCGCGCCAACUGACGGUCCAGCGUUCAUUACAAUCAUGCUGCUGGCCAGUCUCAACAGCUGCACAAAUCCCUGGAUUUACCUAUACUACAGCAGAGCCAACUGAGGAGACGGGCGCGUCAAACACGCCUGCACCGCCAGAAAAGCGUCAGCUAUAUGCCAAAACACUGGUGAUGGCUCCAGCACACAACUUUUUAUUUAUUUAUUUAUUUAUUUAUUUAUUUAUUUAUUUAUUUAUUUAUUUAUUUAUUUAUUUAACUUAAUUUAUACAAGGUAGGUACAUAAUACCAAAUUUAUAUACAACUGGUUUGCCUAUGUCAUGAAGCAUUUCAGGCGCUGUUGAAGUCAUAAAGACCAUAUAGCAGAGAUUUGAGCCUGCAAGUUACAAGUCCUAUUCCGUUACUGCUACACCACAGUGCUGUAAUGAUGAAACGAAUGGCAAAACUUCUGUAAAUUUGCUUAAUGUUGUUUGAUGUAUGCUACUGUAACAUGCAUCAAGAUAAGGUGCAUGGCUUAAGCUGGUAAAGUCGUCAAGUAGUGCAUUAUUUCAGCACUGUCCAAAAGUCCAGUAUAUCCUGUGCAGUAUAAGUCAAAUAAUGUUAGAGUUGGACAUGUCUGGCUCCAAAAUCCAAGUCCCUGACUGAAGACAGAAUGCAUAAUUAUUUUAAGCAGGUAAAUGUUGCUCUGGUGUAUCGCCAUGUUUGUUUUUGUACAAUCACAAAAAAGUGUUAAAAUUCAUUUAUCAGCACUAAAAUAUAUAUAUUUAUAUAGUGUAUUAUUAUGUGAUGUUACUCUUUGUGACAAUGUUUGUGGAUCAUUAAAAAAUGAAGCACUUGCCCUCUGUCUGUUGCCUGCUGCUAAUAUCAAUAGUCCUCCGUAUAUAUCAGUAGUCCACUCUACAAUAAUCCAAACAAAUAUUUUAUUUCUUGUUCAUUAAAUAAGAGUUAGAAUUGAUUUCAAAAUCUUACUCAUCAACUUCAAAGCACUGCACGGUCUGGCUCCACCUUAUAUUACAGAAUUACUGACAUCAUACAUCCCCGAAGGGUACUUACAAUAGAUCAGCUCAAACCCAGAUCUUUUUCUGUUUCUCCAAUACAGAGCACAUCCAAUCUUUGGGCACAUCCCUUUAACUAUUAGAGCCUGUUUUGCAUUUUUUUUUUUAAACUUUUGAAAACUCAUUUGUUUAA